GACACGCCGUCCAUAUCCGUUACCCUAAACUCGGAAGGUGUCUCUGCCAAAGAUCGAUGGGAUUCGGAGAAGGAAACGUUGAAACGCGAGCUAGAACGUCUUCGGGAACUCGCCAAGUAUGCGGAGAAAACGACGCAAGGUAAAUCUACGCAGACCUCUCCGACGGCCGAGUAUCCGGAAGGAAGUUUCGUGAAGUUAUCGAAGUUAAAUUAUUCCAAGGCGGCUACUUCGCCUUUGGGCAGUCCGGUGGUUCACAAUGAAGCUCCUCAAGAACAACCCAUAGCCGCGGGUUCUUCGACGUCGACCGGAAGUAGUUCGCAAGACGCGAAGAGUUCGGAGAGCGAGGUGCCACAGGCUCGAACCGCACGACUAUCAUCGUCAUCCUCACCUCCAGUUUUAUCACCACCGCCGCAAAUUUCAUCCUCCAGCACAUUCUCAAGCACACCUCCACCACCGCCACCACCACCACCACCACCUCCGCCGUCUCCUUUCUUAGACCACCGUUCGCUCAAUAAUUCAACUUCUUCUCUGUCUCCUUCGUUUUCGAUACCACCACCGCCGCCAUUGCCCGCCUGUUCAACGUCCGCGCAGUCUAUUCCUUCGCAACGAACUACCACUUCGCUGCCAACGAUACCACCGCCUCCGCCUCCUCCACCUCCACCACCGCCACCUUUGCAACCAAUGACUGGAGAAGUGCACAGAGAAACCCCUGCACCUCCGCCACCGCCGCCGCCACCGCCAUCCCCUACACCAUCCAUCGGUAAAUUAAUAGCAUCCAUACCACCUCCUCCGCCUCCGCCGCAACCUCAGAUACCGGUAUUCAGUUCGGUACCACCGCCGCCACCGCCUCCUCCUCCAGCACCUCCGUCGCAACUGUCGUCGCAGUCUUCCUUCGGACUGCACAGCGGUCCACCGAUUCCACCACCGCCUCCUCCACCUCCGCCACCGUCGAUAGGAACGAUAUCCGGAGGAUCAUCCGCUCCGCCUCCUCCGCCACCACCUCCGACACCUUUCGGCGGAGUACCUCCACCACCAUCUCCGCCACCUGGAAGCAUACCUGCUGCACCACCGCCUCCUCCUCUCAUUGGAAUACCUGGAGCACCACCUCCGCCUCCGCCUCCGGCAGGAACCGUACCGACAGGACCUUGUCCUUUACCUAUACCUCCGGUUGGAGGUUGGAACCCUGCAAGCAGAGCGUGUAUGAGAAAAGAACCUCUAUGUCCCGAGGUACCUAUGAAACCGCUCUAUUGGACGAGGAUCCUGGUACCAGUGGUGCCCACGGAACGUGGCUCCAUCGCCGCUGUGGAUUCUGCCGCUCAGGGUCCACUAUGGGCGGAACUAGAGGAAGAGACAAAUCUGGACAUGAAAGAGUUCACCGGUCUGUUCUCCCGCCAAGUGACCGACAGAAAACCUGUAAAAAAGGCGGACGUCGCUUCGAAACCGUCUAAAGUGCAACCAGCGAAAACCCUCGACUCGAAGCGAUCUAAAACCGUGGGGAUACUAGAGAAGAGUUUGCACGUGGACUUUUGCGAGGUGGAGAACGCAGUUUAUAAUCUAGACACGAGUGUAGUUAGCUUGGAAACGCUGCAACAAAUAUACGAAAUUAGACCAACGCAGAAGGAACUGGAAGACAUAAAAGCAUUCGAGGAAGCAAGCCCGGAAGUACCUCUGAAUCGUCCGGAAGUCUUUCUGAAGAAGCUUUCAAGUAUACAUCAUUUUGCGGAGAGGAUAGCGUGCUUGAUGUUCCAGUCAGAAUUCCAAGACGCUAUUUCCUCUUUAUCUUCGAAAUUGACAAAUCCUCGUACCACCUGCGAUUUUUUAAGAAACUCCAGUUCCCUGAAGAAGUUGAUGGCGUUGAUUCUAACCCUAGGCAAUUAUAUGAACGGUGGAAAUAGAACAAGAGGACAGGCCGAUGGAUUCGGCUUGGAGAUUCUAGGAAAAUUGAGGGACGUGAAAUCGAACGUACCUGGGAUAACGUUGCUCCAUUAUGUCGUGAAAGCGAGAUUGGCUCAAGAAAAGGAUCACAAUUUCGAGGAACCUCUUCCGUUACCGAUACCCGAACCAGCGGACAUCGAGGCUGCCUCGACGAUCAGUUUCGACAACAUCUCGGCUGAAUUAGAGAGACUGCGAAAGGAAUUGCAAGUUUGCACUGAAAAGUGCAACCUCGUUGUAGAAGCAGAUCCGGAAGCUGCAGUACCGUUCAAAGAGGAGAUGGAUUCGUUCUUCCAGGAGGCAGCCGAGGAAUUGGCCAACGAGCAAGAGGCCCUCCUUGACGCGAAGAACAAAUUCAAAGCUGUGAUGCAGUUUUAUCAGUACAAGCCUAAAGGAAGUAACCUGGACGCAGCCGAUCCGAACGCGUUUUUCAUUAUGUGGCUGGGUUUUUGCAAGGAUUUCAAAGAUAUAUGGAAAAAGGAGCAACAACGAAUACGUAAGGAACGAGUACAAGAAAUGCGAAAGAAGUACGAAAGUAAGAAUAAAGUGGAGAAAUUAAAAAUAAGCGCCACGGGAUUGAAGGCACGGCUCCAGAAACUUUCACGCAAAUAAUGAUUUAAACGA